GACGCUUUACGGUGGCCGAGAGGCUGGCGCGGCUGUGUCUGUAGCAGCAUCCCCGAAGAGUGGGGAACCUCGUUUAUCUAAUCCAGCCCCCGACUCCGGGGAGCUGCCCCGGCAGCCGUCACCAUGGUGAAGGAGCAGUUCCGGGAAACGGAUGUGGCCAAGAAAAUAAGCCACAUCUGUUUUGGAAUGAAGUCACCCGAGGAGAUGCGCCAGCAGGCGCACAUCCAGGUUGUGAGUAAGAACCUGUACAGCCAGGACAACAACCACGCCCCCUUGCUGUACGGGGUGCUUGACCACAGGAUGGGCACCAGUGAGAAGGACCGCCCUUGUGAAACCUGUGGGAAAAACUUGGCUGACUGCCUGGGCCACUACGGAUACAUUGACCUGGAGCUGCCUUGUUUUCACGUGGGGUACUUCCGAGCCGUCAUAGGCAUCUUGCAGAUGAUCUGCAAAACCUGCUGCCACAUCAUGCUGUCCCAGGAGGAGAAAAAGCAGUUUCUGGAUUAUCUCAAGAGGCCGGGCCUGACCUACCUCCAGAAGCGAGGGCUGAAGAAGAAAAUCUCUGACAAAUGCCGGAAGAAAAACAUCUGCCAUCACUGUGGCGCCUUCAAUGGUACUGUAAAGAAGUGUGGUUUACUGAAGAUAAUUCAUGAGAAAUACAAGACCAACAAAAAAGUGGUAGAUCCUAUCGUAUCGAAUUUCCUUCAUUCUUUUGAAACGGCCAUCGAGCACAACAAAGAAGUGGAGCCCCUGCUGGGGAGGGCACAGGAAAACUUGAAUCCCUUAGUAGUUCUGAAUUUAUUUAAGCAAAUCCCAGCUGAAGAUGUCCCUCUUCUUCUGAUGAACCCAGAAGCUGGAAAGCCCUCCGAUUUGAUCCUCACGCGACUUUUAGUGCCCCCCUUGUGCAUCAGACCCUCCGUUGUGAGUGAUUUGAAGUCUGGCACCAAUGAAGAUGAUCUGACAAUGAAAUUGACAGAAAUCAUUUUCCUAAAUGAUGUCAUUAAAAAGCAUCGGAUAUCAGGAGCCAAGACCCAGAUGAUCAUGGAAGACUGGGACUUCUUGCAGCUGCAGUGUGCCCUCUACAUCAACAGCGAGCUCUCAGGCAUCCCCCUCAACAUGGCGCCCAAGAAAUGGACCCGGGGCUUUGUCCAGCGCCUGAAGGGAAAACAGGGUCGAUUUAGAGGCAACCUCUCAGGAAAGAGGGUGGAUUUUUCUGGCAGAACUGUCAUCUCACCUGACCCCAACCUCCGAAUUGAUGAGGUGGCUGUGCCAGUUCAUGUGGCCAAAAUUCUAACUUUUCCUGAGAAAGUAAACAAAGCAAACAUUAACUUUUUGAGGAAAGUCUGAUAUGAAGGGGGAGAAACUUGGUGAGGAGACCUUGCUCUCACAUAUCAUGUGUAUUAUUGCGUGCGCAGGUUUUUGAAAUACGGAAAUAGGGAAAAGAUGGCUCAGGAGCUCAAGUACGGGGACAUUGUGGAGAGACACCUCAUAGACGGGGAUGUGGUGCUGUUCAACCGGCAGCCCUCGUUGCACAAGCUGAGCAUCAUGGCGCACCUGGCCAGGGUCAAGCCCCAUCGGACCUUCAGAUUUAACGAGUGUGUGUGUACACCCUACAAUGCAGAUUUUGAUGGCGAUGAGAUGAAUCUUCAUCUUCCACAAACAGAAGAAGCUAAAGCAGAGGCCCUUGUUCUAAUGGGGACUAAAGCAAAUCUUGUAACUCCAAGGAAUGGAGAACCACUAAUUGCUGCUAUUCAGGAUUUUCUAACAGGUGCCUAUCUCCUUACUCUUAAGGACACUUUCUUUGACCGAGCCAAGGCAUGCCAAAUCAUUGCUUCAAUACUGGUGGGCAAGGAUGAGAAAAUUAAAGUUCGUCUCCCGCCUCCUACAAUAUUGAAGCCAGUCACCCUGUGGACAGGAAAGCAGAUCUUCAGUGUCAUCCUCAGACCUAGUGAUGACAAUCCAGUGAGGGCUAACCUUCGAACCAAGGGCAAGCAGUACUGUGGCAAAGGAGAAGACCUCUGUAUCAAUGAUUCCUAUGUCACUAUCCAGAAUAGUGAGCUGAUGAGUGGCAGCAUGGACAAAGGAACACUGGGAUCAGGAUCCAAGAACAAUAUUUUUUACAUUUUGCUGCGAGACUGGGGACAGAAUGAAGCUGCUGAUGCCAUGUCAAGGCUUGCCAGGCUGGCUCCUGUCUACCUUUCAAACCGCGGAUUCUCAAUUGGGAUUGGUGACGUCACACCUGGUCAAGGGCUGCUAAAGGCCAAGUAUGAGUUGUUGAAUGCUGGCUACAAAAAGUGUGAUGAGUACAUCGAAGCCCUAAACACGGGCAAGCUGCAGCAGCAGCCUGGCUGCACUGCGGAGGAGACGCUGGAGGCUCUGAUCCUGAAGGAGCUGUCGGUGAUCCGAGACCAUGCGGGCAGCGCCUGCCUCCGGGAGCUGGACAAGAGCAACAGUCCCCUCACCAUGGCUCUGUGCGGCUCCAAAGGUUCCUUCAUUAACAUAUCACAGAUGAUUGCCUGUGUGGGACAGCAAGCCAUCAGUGGCUCCCGGGUGCCAGAUGGCUUUGAAAACAGGUCCUUGCCUCACUUUGAAAAACACUCAAAGCUCCCAGCUGCCAAAGGCUUUGUGGCUAAUAGCUUUUAUUCUGGUUUGACACCAACUGAGUUUUUCUUCCACACAAUGGCUGGCCGGGAAGGUCUAGUCGACACGGCCGUAAAGACAGCUGAAACGGGAUACAUGCAGAGAAGGCUUGUGAAGUCCCUUGAAGAUCUUUGUUCACAGUAUGAUUUGACAGUCCGAAGCUCUACGGGAGAUAUUAUACAGUUCAUUUACGGGGGAGAUGGCUUAGAUCCUGCAGCUAUGGAGGGAAAAGAUGAGCCCUUGGAGUUUAAAAGGGUUCUGGACAACAUCAAAGCAGUCUUCCCGUGUCAGAGCGAGCCUGCGCUCAGUAAAAACGAACUGGUCCUGAGCACCGAGUCGAUCAUGAAGAAGCACGAGUUCCUCUGCUGCCAGGACAGCUUCCUGCAGGAAAUAAAGAACUUCAUUAAGGGGGUUUCUGAGAAGAUCAAGAAAACCAGAGAUAAAUACGGCAUCAACGAUAACGGCACAACAGAGCCCCGGGUGCUGUACCAGUUGGACCGGAUCACCCCCACCCAAAUAGAAAAGUUUCUGGAGACCUGUAGGGACAAGUACAUGAGGGCACAGAUGGAGCCCGGUUCUGCGGUAGGCGCACUCUGUGCCCAGAGCAUCGGCGAGCCGGGCACCCAGAUGACCCUGAAGACGUUCCACUUUGCAGGCGUGGCCUCCAUGAACAUCACCCUGGGUGUGCCCCGCAUUAAAGAGAUCAUCAACGCCUCCAAAGCCAUCAGCACUCCAAUCAUCACGGCUCAGCUAGACAAGGAUGAGGAUGCAGAUUACGCUCGCCUCGUGAAAGGGAGAAUUGAGAAAACUCUCUUGGGAGAGAUUUCAGAGUAUAUCGAAGAAGUGUUCCUUCCUGACGACUGCUUUAUCCUCGUCAAGCUCUCCCUGGAACGGAUUAGACUUCUGAGGCUGGAAGUGAAUGCGGAGACGGUGCGGUACUCCAUCUGCAUGUCCAAGCUCCGAGUGAAGCCGGGUGACGUGGCUGUUCACGGUGAGGCCGUGGUGUGUGUCACCCCCCGCGAGAACAGCAAGAGCUCCAUGUACUAUGUGCUGCAGUUCCUGAAGGAGGACCUCCCCAAGGUGGUGGUGCAGGGCAUCCCAGAGGUGUCCAGAGCCGUCAUCCACAUCGAUGAGCAGAGUGGGAAAGAGAAGUACAAGCUCCUGGUGGAGGGCGAUAACCUGCGGGCGGUCAUGGCCACUCACGGUGUGAAGGGCACCCGCACCACCUCCAAUAACACCUACGAGGUGGAGAAAACUCUGGGCAUUGAAGCUGCCCGGACAACGAUCAUCAAUGAGAUCCAGUACACGAUGGUCAACCACGGCAUGAGCAUCGACCGGAGGCACGUGAUGCUGCUCUCCGACCUUAUGACCUACAAGGGUGAGGUCCUGGGCAUCACCAGGUUUGGCCUGGCCAAGAUGAAGGAGAGUGUGCUGAUGCUGGCCUCCUUCGAGAAGACGGCGGACCACCUCUUCGACGCCGCCUACUUCGGGCAGAAGGACUCCGUGUGCGGGGUAUCCGAAUGCAUCAUCAUGGGGAUCCCCAUGAACAUUGGAACCGGGCUCUUCAAGCUGCUCCACAAGGCCAACAGGGACCCGAGCCCUACCAGGAGGCCCCUGAUCUUCGACACAAAGGAAUUCCACAUCCCCUUUGUCACAUAGUCCCGGGAAGAGGGGACCCCUCCUGCCCUCGGCUCCCGUCCUGUCUAGAAAGGGGCUCGAGACCAGCAGCUGCCUUGGCUUUGUGCUCCUUGGAACAGAGGCCCUGAUGUCCCCACCAUGCCAGCAGCCAGGGCAGGCCCCCUGCACCCCGGGAGCAGCUCACCCAGUGACCCUGACCACCCCACAGUGCUUGGCCAGGACAGCUGAGGUUUCUCCACACCUGCCGCCCACUCUACCUCUCUGACACGAGGCGGCCUCACUCAUCCCCACCUCACCUGUCUGUCCAGUGGCUCCCAGGAACGAGGGGCUGAGCCCCAGGGCCAGGGCACCGUCCCAGGUUUUCCACCCCUCGGUCCUGCCCGACUCGCGGUGUGAUGUACUUGUGUAAAUAUUGUUACUAUUAUUUAUUUGUUCCGUUUGAAAAAGUUGGAGUUUUUGUUA